CCGAUACCAUUUUUGUUAUAGAGACCUAUGCUGAACAGCCUCAGCCUCUCUCUCAUUCUCGCGCUCCUUCUCCAAGCUUCCUCCCCGACCUCUUGUUCGUUCCGGGGACCAGACUCAACUGUUACUCCGGCGGGCGGUUUCUAGACUUCUAGCUUUGAAGGAACCCUCCAUGGCAAUCAUACCUUGUGGAAGUACUUGGGUGAUCCAGUUUAGACUUCAACCUCAGUUUUCUUCGAGGCCCUCUGUUACAAAUAAAGUAUCAACCUCCCUGCAUUUGGCACCGAACAGGGUCAGAUCAUUGGCAUCACAGAGUUCAACUCUUUUCUCUCAAGAAUCAUUGAAUGUACUUUUCAGUUUUGGCUCAUUCAACAAUCCAUGUUCGAGAAGAGGGAGUCGGUUUAUUGUUAGAGCUGACAAGGAUUACUAUUCUGUGCUUGGAGUGUCUAAAAAUUCUAGCAAGUCAGAGAUCAAAAGCGCAUAUAGAAAACUGGCUCGGAGCUGCCAUCCAGAUGUGAACAAGGAACCUGGUGCAGAAGAAAAGUUUAAGGAGAUUAGCAAUGCUUAUGAGGUUUUGUCUGAUGAUGAAAAACGCUCCAUUUAUGACAAAUACGGAGAAGCUGGGCUUAAAGGUGCUGGGAUGGGCAUGGGGGAUUUCAGCAACCCGUUUGAUCUAUUUGAGUCAUUGUUCGAAGGGAUGGGAGGGAUGGGCGGUAUGGGCAUGGGAGGGAGAGGCUCUCGGAACCGAGCUACAGAAGGGGAAGAUCAGAUCUACAAUCUGAUUUUAAAUUUCAAAGAAGCUGUAUUCGGAGUUGAGAAGGAGAUCGAAAUCACCCGCCUCGAGAGCUGCAGCACCUGCGAUGGAUCCGGGGCGAAACCCGGAACACAGCCGUCCAAAUGCAGCACCUGUGGCGGCCAAGGGCAAGUCGUGUCGUCGGCAAGGACACCUCUCGGCGUCUUCCAACAAGUGAUGACAUGCUCCAGCUGCAACGGAACCGGAGAAAUCUCGACUCCUUGCAAUACAUGCAGCGGGGACGGCCGAGUGAGGAAGUCGAAGCGAAUCAGCUUGAAAGUUCCUGCCGGCGUGGAUUCCGGCAGCCGGUUGAGGGUCCGUAACGAAGGCAACGCCGGGCGUCGCGGAGGCCCGCCUGGCGACCUUUUUGUUCUCAUCGAAGUUCUCGCCGACCCUGUCUUGAGAAGAGAUGACACCAACAUUCUCUACACUUGUAAGGUUUCUUACAUCGAUGCCAUCUUGGGAACAACUAUUAAAGUGCCAACUGUAGAUGGGAUGGUCGACCUUAAAAUCCCAACCGGCACACAACCUGGUACGACCCUGGUUAUGGCGAAAAAGGGUGUUCCCCUUUUGAACAAGAGCAACAUGCGAGGGGACCAAUUGGUUAAGGUGCAAGUCGAGAUUCCGAAACGGAUUAGCUCUGAAGAGAGGAAGCUUAUCGAAGAGCUUGCCGAUCUAAACAAGGCGAAGACACCCAACAGCAAGCGAUAAUCCUCCGGUGAGGUUGGAUUUUCUUCUACUCUCAUGGUAUGUUGUCUUGUCUUGCUUGUGUUUUCCGACGUUGGAAUCUGAAUUCAUACACAUGCGUGAAACCUUAAAAUUUUGGUAAUGUUCUGUCAUGGUGAGACAUCAUACACAUUAGCGGUUAGAGAAAUCACAGUAGUGUGCUCCUAUUCAUAUAAAAAGUAUCGAAUGUGUACUUAUUUUACCAGUAGUGAUAUCAUAUGCAUGCUAUGGCUUACUGAACGUGCCGAUUAGUUAACAUUGUUUCGGUAUGAUUGAUGUUGCAAGACAAUAAUGUGCCUCUGUGUUUGUAUCAAUCAAGAAAUGUUGGAAACUUGCAUUAA